CGGUAGCCACCCGGACGAGAUAUGAGAGCGCACCAGUAUUGUGAGCUCCAGCUGUUUUACAAGCCCCUUUAAAGACAUGGCGCCACAAGAGGUACGUCAGGUAUCUGAAAACAAGCAGGAUCAUCAGGCGUCUCCUGACGAAGAUGAUGAUGACGAUAAUGAUCGUCAUCAUGAUCUCCUCACCGACAGUAAGAUCUUACAUGCCUACAUCUGCACAGAUUGUGGGUGGAGCUUUACCCAGCACAUCGGCCUCCAGCGCCACCAGCGUAUUCAUACUGGAGAGAGGCCGUACGACUGUUCGCAGUGUGGGAAGAGCUUCACUCAGCAGAUCAACCUCCAGCAACAUCUUCUAAUUCAUACCGGAGAGAGGCCGUACGCCUGUUCACAGUGUGGGCGGAGCUUCACUCAAAAGCACAGCCUACGGAAACACCAGCUCAGACACUCCGAAGAGAAGCCGUACGAAUGCGGCGAGUGCGGGAAGGCGUUCCGCGACCGAAGUUCCUUCAGAAUGCACCAAAACAUUCAUACCGGAUCCAAGCCAUACCAGUGCUCCCAGUGCGGCACCAGCUUUAACGACUCAAGCGGUCUGAAGAAACACCAGCGCAUCCACACUGGUGAGAAGGUGCACCACUGCUCGCUGUGCGGGAAGAGCUUCAACCACGUCACCAACUUCAAAACGCACCAGAGAAUUCAUACCGGAGAAAAGCCGUACGUCUGCACCCAGUGCGGUAAGGGCUUCAGCCAGGAGAGCAACUUCAAAACGCACCAGCGAAUUCAUACCGGAGACAGGCCUUUCGACUGCCCCCAGUGUGGGCGGAGCUUCACUCAGCGAAGCCACCUCCACCAGCACCAGCGAAUUCAUACCGGAGAGAAGCCGUACGUCUGCUCCCAGUGCGGGAAGAGCUUCACCCACUGGAGCAACUUCUGCCAACACCAGCGACUUCAUACCGGAGAGAAGCCGUACGUCUGCUCGCAGUGUGGGCGGAGCUUCAGGCAUAAGAACAGCCUCCAGCAGCACCAGAGCGUUCACACGGGCGAUAAACCGUACGUCUGCUCGCGGUGCGGGAAGAGCUUCAGUCGUAGGAACAGUCUUUCACGGCACCAGCAUGUUCACGCUGAAGAACAGAAGCCUCAUCGCUGCUCGCAGUGUGGGCGGGGCUUCAGUUGUAAGAACAGCCUCAGGCGACACCAGCGCGUUGUUCACACUGGAGAGAAGCCGUACGUCUGCUCACAGUGUGGGCGGAGCUUCAGUUGCAGGAACACCUUCCGGCGACACCAGCGCAUUCACACUGGGGAAAAGCCGUACGUCUGCUCCGAGUGUGGGAACCGGUUUAUUCGUAAGUACAGUCUCCAGCUGCACCAGCGUGUUCACACUGGGGAGAAACCGUUUCAGUGCUUAGAUUGUGGAAAGAGGUUUGCUUAUAAAAACAAUUUACAGCUACAUCAGAGCGUUCACACUGCGAAUAAACCGGAUUCAUGCUCUGAUUGUGGAAGGGGUUUCACUGACCAUCAGGACCUUCAAACCCAUCAGUGCGUUCACACUGCAAAUAAACCGAAUUGUUGCUACCAGUGUGGGAGAAGCUUCGCCCGGCAGGUUUCUCUCAGACAUCACCAGCGUCUCCACACCGGUGAGAAGCCGUACGUCUGCUCGGACUGUGGGAAGAGCUUCAAUCAGAUUGGUAAUCUGAAAACGCAUCGGCACGUUCACACUGGACACAAACCGUACAACUGCGACCAAUGCGGGAAGAGUUUCGCUCGUCCCGAUUAUCUCCAACAACACCAGCGAAUCCACACCGGGUACAGACCCUACAUCUGCUCAGAGUGCGGCAAAAGCUUCACCCAAUGGUCCAAUCUCCACCAGCACCAGCGCGUUCACACUGGAGAGAAACCGUACGUCUGUUCGCACUGUGGGCGGAGCUUCACGCAGUGGGCUAACCUCCACCAACACCAGCGCGUUCACACUGGAGAGAAACCGUACGUCUGCUCCCAGUGUGGGAAGAGCUUCACCCAGAAUCGUAGCCUCCAGCGACACCAGCGUCUACAUAAAACUGAAACAAAGGAGCCUGACGGUGAUUAGCAGGUCUGUACGAUAAAAUUUCAUCGGAUAAACUAAGCAAAUUAGUGCAAACCUCUCUCAAAAGUGAAGCCACCACAGGUCGGGCGCCUGCUGCUGUUCGGUUUCAGAAAACUGUGUAACCCCACCCAUUCCCAUAGGUUUCAAUGGCAAAACAGAACAACUUUCAAUCACGUUUUUUUUCUAAUAUACUGUAAUUCUACCUCCUUUAUUUAAAUGCAACAGCUAGUGUAACCUCUGCUUAUAUUGUUAAAUUUUUAUAUCCCCACAGAAUUCGUUUUUUAAAACGUUAUUCAGCUCUAUUAAAAAAAGGUGUGGUUAUUGUAAAAGGGCUGGUUAUGGGCGGGACCAAUAACAGACUGUCAGCUCCGCUCCGCUCUGCAGCCUGUGACCUCGAGGCAGCCCUCAGGGGCGGGGUUAUUUAAACGAGUAGGCGGUCUCUCCACAGUAUUUCUCCCUCCUCUGGUCUCUACUGCGCUCUACAGACUCGGGUAUCAGGAUCGCCAACAUGGAGGAAGAUUUUGGCUUAAUUUUCACUGAAUGAAUGGGAACGGAGACACGACCGCCAUCUUUUUUUACAGUCUCUGGUGCAAACUUACUUCAUUUGCAUCGUGCACCAACGGAAACAGACUUGUUGAUCACAUGACAUAAUGAGACUGGAGGCAGAGCGAGGUAAAGGUCCACAGCAGUUUUGCGAAAUUGUGUGACGAUAUUUUUGCGCUAGAUUUAGCUAGUUUUCAGGCCUUUUGAGUUAUUUUCACUUGUUUUCAGAGUCGUAGACUACAGCGACAACAGCAUUUCCAUAAAACUGAGGAACCUGUUGGUGAUUAGUAGGGCUGUACGAUACAUUUUUAUCGGAUAAACUUUGUGAAUGAGUACAAACUCACUGCAUUUCCAACGUGCACCAAUGGAAACAGACUGUUGAUCACAUGACCUAACGAAACUGGAGGCAGAUCAAGGUAGAGGUCGGUAGCACUGUUCCCAAAUUGUGUAACAAAUUUGUUGCUAGAUUAAGCGAAUUUUCAGGCCCCUCGAACUGAGGAGCCUGUUGGUGAUUAGUAGGGCUGUACGAUACAUUUUUAUCAGAUAAACUUUGCGAAUAAGUACAAACUCACUGCAUUACCAAUGUAAACUGCAACAGUUUGAGCUUUUAGCGUUACCGACUGUGAUCACAUGACAUAAUGAAACUGGAGGCAGAGUGAGGUAGAGGUCCACAGCAGUGUGGACGCAAAGGAUGGACUUGUGUUCUUGGAAAAAAAUGUUCUUGACAUAGUUACCCUGCAAGAACAAACUCGCAAGAACCAACAAAGGAAGUGCCUUUUGAGAUGCUGUGGACAGUGGCUUGCAAAAGUAUUCAUACCCCUUGAACUUUUUUUUACAUUUUGUCACCUUACAACCACAAACUUCUUAAAUGUAUUUUAUUGAGAUUUUAAGUGAUAGACCAACACAAAAAGUUCAAAAGUUCUGCACCAGGAGUAAAGGCAUGAAGUUAUUCAAAAGCAGUGUGUAAGACUGGUGGAGGAGAACAUGAUGCCAAGAUGCAUGAAAACUGUGAUUAAAAACAAACCAGGAUUAUUCCACCAAAUAU